AUGAAGCAGGAUCCUCUGCCCAGAGAGGAGCCUGAAGAGGAGGAGUUACAACUCACCCUGAAGAAAGAGGAGACAUUGAGCGAGAAGGAACCAUCGCGCCUGAAUGCCCCCAACACAGACUGCCACAGAGCCACACCUGUCCUCCACAGUGAACUGUGUCCACAGUCCGAGUGGAGACAUCCCAACCAGCCACAGUCAGACAAACUCAACGCUGAGCAAAGGGACCAAGCUGAUGGAACCCUGUCUAAGACCCCAUAUCCAUACCACUGGGACAACAACAACAGUAAGCCUGGGUAUAGCAGUCUACCUGACCCAAGCACACCUGUCAUUCCGGUAGCUAAAGACACAGACAGUCACGGUUAUGGACAUGGUGGGAGGGUGGGGAAGGUGCUGCCCAUGUGUAAGCAGAGCCCACCCCCACUGCAGCAGUACUCCACAGAGCCAAUCACAGACAAACAGGACUCCCCCAGUAAAAACAAAGAGAUAAAUCAGUGUCACAUGCCCAUGCCAACAGCGUAUUCUAAGGACAACCUGGGGGUCAUGUCCCCACUAGCCAAGAAGAAGCUCCUCUCCCAAGUCUGUGAGACAAAUAAUUACUCGUUCAGUUCCCCUCCUCUUCCUCCUCCCACUCCGUCAGCCAGCGUGGGUGAUGUGAGCGACAGUUGUGUUGAAGAGGUGGUGAAACUGAGGCAGGACUCCCUGCAGGAUAGCCCAGAGAUGGCACCCAUCUUCAGGCCGUCUGUCAUCCAGCACGCCCAGAGCGUCAAACCCCAGCAAGAGAGGAGUCCUCUGGGGGAUCUGUCUGAGCCCUUCACUUGCAGAGUGAGCCACUUCCAGCCCCAGCUCCACCCCCCCUGGCACCCCUACCUCCACAGGACUGAGACCCAGGAUGGAGAGGAGAACGCAGGGGAGACACGGAUGCAGCAGCCCAGUCAGGCACCACCAGGCUACGCAGGUGACUGCUACUCCUCCCCUCACUUGCACAACCUCUACCGGCAGACAGAGAACUGUCUGAGUCAAGAGCGAAUGGACAGUUAUCCCAACAGAGACAAACAGGAACAUUUUAUCAGGGAACGUCAGAGCAGCGAGGUAUUCACCUCAAACAAUUCUGACAGAGAAUGUUUGGCUUACAGAGCUCCCCACUUCUCUGAGAGGACACAAACACAUGGGGAUAGACCAAUGGAUGAGGAACCUCAAGAUUUCAGUAUUUCCAAGCCUGUCUCUCAAAGGAUGUCUUUCACAAAGCCCUCUUUCUGUGGCCUCCCGUAUCCCAUGAUACACCAGAGUUUAGACUGUCACCCCAAAGCGUGCAGAGUCCCCCCCAUGACUAUAUCUACGACCAAACACCUGGACCCCCUUCAGCCCUUCUUCAACCCUAAAAGCCAUGCUGAGACUGUCGGUGCCUCCAGACCCAGUAAGAGAACCCUGGGGGAACUAGAGAACGAGGGGGUGCCAGACCGCAAGGUGCGAGUGGUGACCCCAAUGCACCCCGCCGGCUCUGUCCGCCGAGGCGACCCACAGGGGGAGGAGCUCAAACCAGCCGAACCGGCGCACGCCGUCCACUUCCACCUCCACAGCCACAUUCCCGAGGGCCACACCUACCCUCCCCAGGUGCCCUUCUACCCAGGGAUGUACCCCGGGGUGCAGGACGCCCUCCAUCACAACCUCCAGUACCUGAAGAGCCAGACAGCCGUGUCCCCCCUGGUCCCUCCGCUAGCCUUCCACUCCAUGAUGCUACAGAGGCAGCUGAUGGCCUCCCAGCCCAGCCCCCACCACUUCUACAGGCACCCUGGGGGGGCAGCCCUGUACGGGGACCUCCUGCACCACCUGUACCCCCUGUCCACCCUCACCCACCCACAGCUGUCCUCCAUGCACCCUAGCACCAGACUCUAA